ACUUGCCCCUCAAACAUAUCCAACUGAUUUCCGCAAACAUAUAUAUCACCAUGCUCAACCUGUGGAAAGAGGCUCUCAUUGGGGUCCUCCUCAUAGAGUCCUUUGGCUCAGCUAUUGCUUUGCCUCCCCAACCUCUGAUGGUCAGGUCAGAUGAACUCUCCGCCACGGGUCAUCACUUCAAGCAGCGGGACAACUUGUCUCCUCACGCUGGACUCCUCAUUCGGGAUGAUGAUGACGAUGAUCCACCAAGACUACCGAAUGGUCCGCCCCGGCCUGAUAACAACCCGCCACCGCCGCCGCCACCUCAAAGAGAUGACGAUGACGAUGAUGACGAUCAACCCCGUCCUCAACAGACUCCACCACCACCGCCUAAUCCUCCCAAUCCGCCUCCCAAUCCGCCUAAUCCGCCUCCCAAUCCACCUAAUCCACCUAAUCCACCACCGAACCCGCCAAACCCUCCACCCAAUCCACCCAACCCGCCUCCCAAUCCCAAUCCACCGCCGCCACCACCAGCGGUUAUGAACAUGGAUGAUGAUGACGACGAUGUCCCCGGCCAAACAGACAUGGAUGACUAGGCUCCUUCCUUGAGGUCAACC